GAGCACAUAGACCCGGGAUCUCUGUGUCGUUGAGUGCAAAUGCGAAUAGCGGGUCGAGUUCUCCUGUCAUGACUGUAGAGUGACCAGGGCAGCGGUCAGUGUGCCGCCCGCAGAGCACCGUGCUGCAGCCUGGCUGUCAGCGUCAGGACACCGCUGGAGCUUUUGUCUUCGAGGGGAUUUUUCAAGUGCAGAAUAGGCGUCUGGAGCUUCUGACGCGAGAGUACAGACAUUUAGCCGGUUCAUAUUCCCCCACUACGCAACGGCCAUCGCAGUGGCUAAAUGAAGAACUUGUGAACAUGCAAGAGCAAAGGACUCUACCUUUCACUUCGGUGACUUCCCCAGAUGCUUUGGCCCAAAGAAAGAUGGAAAGGAUUGGGAAGAACAUGAGCCAAGGCUGCUGCACAGAACCCAUUCAGUGAGCCAAAAGGAGAUUCUCCAUACGCCACGUCGCUGAGCCUCUCAACCAUCCCCUCUGACCCCUUGACGUCCAAGCACCAUGACCUCUGAGCUGGAAAGCAGUCUGACCUCCAUGGACUGGCUUCCCCAGCUCAGCAUGAGGGCAGCCAUCCAGAAGACAGACAAUGGACACCAUCACGUCCACCACCAUGGACACCACCACCACCACCACCACCACCACCAUGGUCACCAACACGUGCACGGACCCGGCAAAAAGGUUACCCAUCUGGACCCAGGCACAACACUUGACCAGGAGGAGGCAGCACAGCACAGAGAUGGUAAACCACCCUACAGCUACGCCAGCCUCAUCACUUUUGCAAUCAAUGGCUCACCACGAAAACGGAUGACCCUCAGUGAAAUCUAUCAGUGGAUCUGUGACAACUUCCCAUACUACCGAGAGGCAGGCAGCGGCUGGAAGAAUUCUAUACGACACAACCUGUCCUUGAACAAGUGUUUUCUCAAAGUGCCUCGCUCCAAAGACGACCCUGGAAAAGGUUCCUACUGGGCCAUAGACACAAAUCCUAAAGAAGACACAGUACCCAGCAGGCCAAAGAAGAGACCGCGCUCUGGAGAAAGGGCUUCAACUCCGUACAGCCUGGAGUCUGAAUCUCUAAGGAUGGACUGUAUUAUGUCAGGAGGGGCAUCUCCAACUCUGGCCAUUAAUGCUGCAACCAACAAGGUAGUGCUUUACAACCCAGAGGCAGAAGGCAGUGAGAGUCCUGGGAGUCUGGGUGGCAGCCUGAGCAACAGUCUUUCAGAGCAGAGUUUGGCAUCCGUCAACCUUAACAACCUGAACACGGCUGCCAGCAGCAGCAGCAACGUCCACAGCUACACACCAGUGAGUAGCCACUCAGAGCCUUCAUCUCAGUCCCUGAGCCUUCAGCAGCCCACCCAGCCACCACCGCCUCCCCCUCCUCCCCCACAGCCCCAGUACGGUUUGCCAGUCCCAGAGUCACGGGACAAGCAGCUCUGCUUCUCAGACUUUGAGGACCUCAGCGCUUCUUUCCGCAGCCUUUACAAGUGUGUCUUUGAACAGUCGUUUUCACAGCAAGGUUUGAUGGGUAUGCCAAAUGACUCCAACCAGCAGGCCCGGACCGCCUGUUCCUACCAGCACUCUCCAGGUGCAGGAAGUGGCAAUGUCCACCACCACCAACACAACCAUGGUCAGGUGUCACACCACCCCCAUCAUCCUCAGCAGCACCUCUCCCCUCACACCAACCACAGCCAGCACCAACAACAUCAACAGCACCCAGUUCACUCCCAGCAGCACCCAUCUCUCUCCCACCAGAGUCAUACUGGACAGACUUGCCCCACAACUGGCAUGUCAUCAGAAUGGUACCCUAACCUAGACUGGCUGAAAGAGAGCUGCCGCAUUGCUACCAGCUAUAACUGGGCUGACGUAGACCUCUCCCCAUUUCAAGGUCUGAAGGAGAGCAUGCGGCAGGCUGAGCUAAACAACUGGUCACUGGAUGCUGCCCAGAUGGCUGACCUCUGUUCCUCAAUUAACCAGUUCUUCACGGCCACAGGGGUCAUCCCCUCUCAGGGUGCCACCCACUCACAACCUCAGGUCCAACACCCGGCACUUCCAGGAGCACCACAGCAUCCAGCCCAGCCGCAUGGGGCGAUGCACCCAAAAGCCAGCCAGCACAAUCAGCAUGGGCAACACAACCAACACAUCAGCACGGGGAACAUGUACAUGGACUCAAGACAGAGCAUGUCAUCACUGAUGGGCCCACCAGGCUAUCCCCACAUGCCUCCCAUGAGUAACACAACUCCCAACAUGACAGGCCAUCUCAGCCAGCUGAGCCAGCAGCAGCAACAACACCGGCUUCCUCUGGGACACUUCCAGGUGAGACGCAUGCUCACUGCAGACGACAUCCAGGACGACUUUGACUGGGACUCUAUUGUUUAAGCUGCAGGAAAAGAGACUGCUCAAGGACAUGAUGUCAGGUGAAGUAUGAGACUGGCUGACCUGCCCCUUUCACCUGUGUGAAAAAAUACAGAAGACAAUCCAACAGAAAAAAAACAGAAAAGUCAUUUUUCUGAUUUCCCUGGCCUUUUUUUCUCGUACAAGUGGACAGUGAGUCUAAAGACAAUCAUUAAAAAUCUAAGACUUGUAUGGAAUUGGACCAAGCCAAGCUGUCGUCUGAAGUAACAGGACGUUGAAGCUUUCUGAGUUGUCUCAUGUUUUGCUCCUAUCCCCCAGUGCCAAGAGGGUUACAUGUCGCCAAAGUGUUGUCAAAUCGUCUGUGAAUUAUUUAAUUAUUAUUACUGUUACUAUAAUUGUGUUCCCCACUACAACUUGUGUAACAUAUCUGCAAAGUUUCAGCCCUUCUUCUCCAAAUUUCUUGCAAAAUGUUAUUCAUCCUGUCUUUUGUAUUCAUUCAGCAGGUCUGAUCAUUUCAUCCUCAUCUUUCUUUGUUCACUUUUUUAACUACAGUUUUGAAGAGGAUUUUUGAAAGAGAAAAUAAUGAUGGUGCUUCUGGUCAGAUUCAAUCAGUUAUGGUUGAGUAGAGCACCACCUGCUGGUUAAAACAGGCAACAUAUCACUUCCUUUUCCUGGAAAAGUUCUAUGCACCACAAUUUUUUCUAUCUUUCUCGCCAUUUUGUCUUGUUUGAAUCCGUUGCUCCAUAACUUUUCUGUUUAUUUUAACAUUUUAUCAUUGAAAACAUUGUGCAUAGUGCCAUGGUCUCAGGGUGUUACACUGAUAUACCAUGUCAGACCAACACAAAACCAUUUACAUCUCUGUAUGUAAUGUCACUACGUGUACAUUCAGUGUUCAUUUUCCUGGUGGAAAAGUCUCCAGAAACUUUGUUCAAAAGGUUUCAAAUCUUUAUUUUUCAGCUUAUAAGCUAUCUGAUUCAAAAUACUGUGGAAUAAGCUUUUCAGUAGCUCAAACAGCCGCUUUUCAAUCAAAAAUAAGACUGUGGUUGGGCUUGGAAGUUUUCAACAUUAAUUCAUAGUUUCUGAGAUGUUAUUCACUUUAUUAAGGUUUUAUGAUUUUGGGAAAAGUGCAGAUUAAUUAUGAUAGGACAUUGAAGGUGGUCCACAAUUUUAAGAAUCCUACUUGAGGAGAUGAAGAGCAGAUUUUUGCACAACAAUCUUGAUAGAUAACAUCUUGUGAAUGAGUCACAGAAAAGAAAAAUGAGCAUUUUAUUACUUUGUUUCAAAAGAUUUGUAAAAAAAAAAUAAAAAUAAAAGUUCAGCAAGAGAGCAAAGUCUCAACAAAAAGUUUCAAAUGUUCAACUUUUAUUUUGACUGUGAUGUUUAAUUUUUUCUGUGUGUACAAGUGUGUAUAGUCCUCUCUGAUUCAUUUUAGCAUACAGCUCCGUACAGCUCAAAAAAUAUGCGACAACAGAAGUCAUUUGUUUGUAUUCAGUGGGUUCACAGUGAAAUAUGGGACCUUAAAGUGCUCUUUGGUUUCAGAUGAUCCAUGUGAUUGAUGGAAUGGUCAAAACAAGGUCUCCUUAUAGAAAAAAGACAAAAUAACUCUUUAUUCUUGCCAUUAAAUGCUGUAUUACAGUGACCAGCAUAUAUAUCUUGUACGUUUGUGCGUUGUUGUCCUUGUAAAUAGCAGUAUGUUACUCCCAUGUUUGCCCUUGAAAAACAGGCUGAUGAAAAGAAAACAGCAAAUGGAGAGAAAGUAUUUUGUUAUUUGUCCUUCAGGGGUCACAGUAUGUAUAUACCUUCACUAUAUUGUAAAAUAGGUGAUUUAAAAAAAAGAUGCCAUUGGAGUUUUGUGUGUCAAAAAUAAUCUGUGUAUGGCAGUUCAGCAGUUUAAAUCUGUUUCAGUGUUUAUUAAAAUGUUAU